CUCUGGAUCACAUCGCAUCAUGAAGCUGCUGCUUCCCCUCCUCGCCCUCCUGGGCAUCGGGGCCGCCCACCCGCACCAGCAGCACCCCCACGAUGCCGUCGCCGCCGCCGCCGUCCUGGACUCGAGACAACAGACGUGUUCCGGCCCCGUGGAGAGUAACCCCUCCAUCUGGUGGCGCGCCGCCAUCGGCCACAACGGCACGGCGCCGACGAGCACGGACUCGACGUACCAGUACUACCGGACGGCGGUCCAGUACGGCGCCGAUAACACGGGCGUCCAGGACUCGUCUGAUGCCUUUAACUUUGCCAUUGAAGGUGUGUAUAUAUAUAUAUAUAUAUAUACCUUGCCUUGCCUUAUCUGAUGCUUCGAUAUAUAUAUACACCCCAAGCCAUUGUGGUCUGAUACAUGAAAACUGACAAAACGUACAAACAGCAUGGAGCCGUACCGGCAACACGGUAACAACCCGCCCGGCCUACAUCUACGUCCCGCCCGGCCGGUACCGCAUCAAGAAGCCGAUCCAGAUGCUCGUGACGACCUACCUCGUCGGCGACGCCCUCAACCCGCCCGUGCUCAUCGCCGAUCCGGCGCUCGGCGAGCAACCCGUGAUCAACGGCUACGACUCCCACCAGGGCGACGGGUCCGCGACGAAGAAUUUCUACAUGGCGGUGCGGAACUUGGUGAUUGACACCACCGAGAUCGGCACCGGCGUCGCGGCCGUUGGAAUGGACUGGAGCGUGUCGCAGGGGUGCUCGUUGACGAAUGUCAAAGUGCGCAUGCCGAAUUUCUCGAGCCAUAUUGGCGUCACAAUGGCGCAGGGCGGUUCUGGGAUCUUGAUUAGCGAUUGUGUAAGUCUUAUUUUCUCCUGUCUCUGUCUCUUAUUCCCUUCGCUGUCAAUGGCCUUGUCCUCGACUUGACAUGUGUUGGACGCCCUCGAGCUUAUGCAAAAGACUGACAAUACGCCCCAGCAAUUCGAAGGCGGCGCCAUCGGCAUCAAAGUCAACGGCCAGCAGUACCAAUUCAAGAACCUCUCCUUCAACGGAUGUAACGUCGGCAUCUCCGUCGACCACGUCUGGGUCGCCGUCGUCCAGGGCGCCACCUUUGCCAACUGCAACUAUGGCAUCGACAUGGGCCGCAACACGGCGGGCAUGGUCUCUGUCGUCGAUUCCAGGGUGGAAUCCUCCUGCAACGCCGGCGUCAACAACCUCGUGACGGGCUACGGUCAGAAUUCUCUGGUCCUCGACAACUUCCAGGUCGGCGGCGGGAGCACCGCGGCCGUCAAGUCUGCGAGCGACGGAUCGACGCUGCGCAAGGACUCUGUGGCGGCCGGGCAGACGUGGGUCAUGGGGUACGUCAACUCGAAUAACCUGCAAAAGGGAACCGUGUACCCCAUCGACCGGCCCGCCGCGCUGGUUUCCGGAGACCGGGUGAUGCGCAGUACCCCGUACGGCGACAACAGCCACAAUGACGGGCCGAGCAUCAACGCCAUCUUGCAAAAGUACAAGGGGUGCAAGAUCAUCUUUGUGCCGCAGGGCAUCUACCGCACCGAGGAGACGAUCUACGUGCCCCCCGGAACCCGGCUGGUCGGUGAGACGCUCAGCAUCAUCAACGGCAUCGGAUCAAAGUUUUGGAACCCGGACGACCCUCAGCCCAUCCUCAAGGUCGGCAACCCCGGCGAGACGGGCGUCGCCCAAAUCACCGACAUCACGGUCGAGGUAGCCGACGUCCUCCAGGGCGCGACCCUAGUCCAGAUUAACAUGGCCGGCGCGCGGCCCGGCGACGUCGGCAUCUGGAGCAGUGUCUUCCGCGUCGGCGGCACGAAGCACUCGCUCACCAACACAAACUGCGGCGGCGCGGACCCGGGCGCGUGCAAGGCCGCCUUUGCGCUCAUGCACGUCACCUCCACGGCGAGCGCGUAUCUAGAGAACGUGUGGGGCUGGGUGGCGGACCACUCGCUCGACGGCGGCGCCGCGCAGAACAUUGCCGUCGGCAGGGGCGCGCUCAUUGAGAGCACCAAGCCCACGUGGCUGGUGGGAACGAGCUUCGAGCACUGCGUCUUGUAUCAGUAUAACCUCCACAACGCGCAGAAUGUGUAUAUCAGCUUGGAGCAGACGGAGUCUGCAUAUUGGCAGGGUGAGGGGACUCCUCAAAGAGCGCCCAGCCCGUGGUCCUUUCGGCGACCCGGAUUUCAGCAACUGCGCGGCUCAGGGACAGGGCAACAACGACCGGACGACCGGUGCUACCGAUCGUGGGGCCACUACAUGACGGGCAGCUCCAAAGUGGUGAUCCACGGUUCCGCGCUGUGGGUGUUCUUCAACAAGAUGAACGACAACCAGUGGCAGAACGCGCAGUGCGAGAACACGGGCGGCAACUGCAUGACCAACCAGGCUUACGCUGACGGCGCCAAGUCGACGUACUGGUUCGGCCUGAGCACCAAGAGCACCACCGCGCUGCUGUACGACAAGACUGGGGGCGUCAUCUGGGAGGUGUUUGCGAGCGAUAACACUGGUGGAUGGGGAGGCGUCCUUGCCGCGUAUCUUCGGGAUACGGCAGCUUGA